AUGGAAGCUCAACAACUGCUGCUGAUCGUUGCCAUCGGACUGGGACUGGUGUUCCUAUCCCAAGCGGACUGCCCGCUCUCCAGGGCCAUGAUCGAGGGCACCAAUAGGAUAUUCACCAAUCGCAAUGCCGCCGGCCAAUACGAACUGAAGCGACUCCAGAGGGUCCGAACCAGCGAGGUGCUUCACAUGUACUGCCAGGCGAACGAUAUUGUCCAGACGACCUGCCAGCAGAAUACCAACUUCAGUAGGCCACUCCCUCUCCGGUGCCAAAGACCCAUUGCUGCCACGGCAACGGUGGUCACCGAUGCCUCCUGUCCAGCCACCAUGUACUCCGUGGGCUAUACCAUCAACAAUCGCCACCUGGAGCUCUACCGCGCCUGCUACGAUCGCAAUGGUGUUCGGGCGAGGUUUACCACACAUUCCGUGUACCACAAGACCUUCUUCCCCCAACGUCCUUGUGCCGAUUUCACCAGGGAUGGCCUGCUCAGCGAGACCGAUGUCCAAAGUUUCCUGCCCCGCAGCAUUUUCCGCGCUUUCCGUACCAUUUUUGGCAAUACCCAGCGGUACAUUCCCAACGAACGGGAUGUGAUCAUCAAUCGUGGACAUCUGACCCCGUCGGGUGACUAUCUCUUUGGAGACCAGAUGUGUGCCACCUUCAAGUAUAUAAAUGUGGCGCCCAUGUUCAAGAGUGUCAACGACAGGAAUUGGGAGGCGGUGGAGAGAUGGGUGCGAACUCGCAUAAGUGCCGGUGGAUUGCUGAGGAUCAAGACUGGAACCAAUGGUGAACUUACACUGCCGGACAAUCGUAGUCGCCAGCGACGCAUUAUUCUGGGUGCCGGAACCAAGAACAUAAUGCCCUUGUGGCUGUACAAAGUGGUACGCACAGCCACCAAUGGACCGCACAGCGUUUUCGUAACCCUCAACAACAUCUUCGCCCGUGCCCGUCCCGCUGCCCCCACUUUCUGCACCAGUAUUCCCUGCCCCAUGACCCUGGAGAAUGUGGCAGCCGCUGGCUACACCUACUGCUGCAAUGCCACCACUUUCACACUUUAAGUAA